GACAUCCGUUGUAAACAAAAAAAUAUUUGUAACAUGCAUGACAUACCAAUUGGAAGUUUGUAUCUUUACAAAACAUGUGAUGGUAUAUUGUAACUUCUUAAUUUCGAAUGAUAUAUGUUUUUUUCUUCAUAUUCAUUUCACAUAUCAAUCACCUAAAUUACAGAAAUGACUUUCAUACUAGCAAUUAUGCGAUGCGUUUGUUUUGAGCUCAUCUUAUUUGCUGCAUGUUUGUUUGGUGAUAAUUAUAUUGGAACAUUUGGAUUUUCAAUAUUUGGAUUGAGUAACGAACUUUCUAAAGCUUUACUGGAUAACUUAACACAUGGAUUUGUCGGAUAUUUCACUUGGGCGAUUAUAGUAGAUUUAUCGGAUUGCGGAAAGGACCUGAUCGAAUGUUCCGGAUGUAUGAUGUUAGCGAUGGUGAUCGAUGUAGACCAUUUUAUUGCUGCAAGAUCUAUUAAAUUAAAGUCUGCAUUGUCACUUUCCAAAAGACCGAUAUUCCAUGCUUCAUCAAUUAUACCAGUAGCUGUUGGCUGUAUUUGGAUAAUAUCAUACCUGCGCUCCAACGACCUUCUGAAACGUCUUUCGUUAAUAUUUCUUGUUGCGUGGACGUCACAUCACAUACGAGACGGCACGAGACGAGGAUUAUGGUUUCCUCCUUUUGGAAGUACUCAGCCUUUACCGAAGACAACAUAUGUAAUUCUGAUUAUGUUUUUGCCUUUAUUAUUACGAAGUGUGCUAUAUUUGACGGAGCAACGACAGAGUUACAGCAAUCUUUCUAUACAACGUGAACUGGUAAAAGUGUAACACGCGAUUAGGUUUAUAAAAUAAAUAUGUUGACAUUU